CUUUGAAAAAAUUUCUAAUGCCAUGCGGGAGAGGGGACAUACCAGGGACUCGUUACAGUGCCGAGUGAAAGUGAAAGAGCUCAGACAGGCGUAUCAGAAGACCAAAGCAGCAAAGGGCAGGUCAGGCUCUGCCCCCAAAACAUGCCGGUUCUACGACGAGCUUAACGCAAUAUUGGGGAACAGCGCAACGACGAACCCCCCCUUGUCUGUUGAUUCAGAGGUGGGCGUUGUGAUUCCUGCAACUACGGAAGAUUUAUUUGAUGGCGAUGAUCAGUAUGAUGAGGACCAAGAGGAGGAGGCUCCAGCAGAGAGCACAGAGCAUUUUAUCCCCCCAAACAGCCAGGAUCUUUUCCUCACCCUUACUGAGGUUCCCUGCCAGCCAUCUCAAGGCAGUACUCCAGAAAAUGAAGCUGAGGGACCGUCCUCUGCUGCACAUUUCUCCAGCCUCCCUCUCGCUUCUCAUCUACGUGGGGGGGGUAUCAUAAGAAGACUGAGGAAAAGGAGGACGCGUGAGGACAUGUUCACCGAAAUUAUGGCAGUAACCCGUACAGAGAGAGCUCAGCAGGGAGACUGGAAACAAUUGGUCGCAAAGUACAGGGAGGCUGCCAGUCAACGCAAAGACAGGAGGGACCAACGCGAAGACAGGAGGGACGCCAAAAAUGAUGUCAGGUGGCAGGAAGAUCAGCGCUGGCGAGCAGCAACUCUGGAUCUUCUUCGUGAUCAGACUGACAUCCUCCGCGAUAUGCUGCAAGAGCUCCGUGGUUUCAGAAUGCCCCUACAGCCCGUGUAUAACCUCCCUCAGUACUCACCCUGUCCCACACCUUCCAGAACCAGGCGUGUAAGAACGCGUGGGGGAAGGCUCUCUGCACCAGCCCCCUCCACUGCUGCGGACACUCCAACCAGAAGGCUUUCAUUAGAUUGAAAAGCCCUUUGUGUCCUGUUUUUUCCCUCCUCUAAUGAUCCAAACUUCUCCCACGGCACCUUUGCCUAUUCUUACUCUCAGGUCAUGCUAUUAAGGCAGUGUGACUGUAGUUUGGUAAUGAACUAAAGCAAGCAGCUUUGGAAAGCUGCACGGAAGCUAGUUAUCAGCAUCAGGAUUUGACAAUUGGGGAUAUGGGUAAUAAAGGGAAAACAAAGAAAGCAGCCAUACCGUAACCUGGUCCAUG